ACCAUACCAAAAGAAGGCCAUAGCACUUUGUUGCUUGAUGUUCGCUUAGUUGUGUGGUCGUUCACCUGUUCCUGCGUUCACUAAAUUUUGAUUCAAUAUGUAUAAGUUAGAUCUUCCGUUGGAUCUGAAAGAGGCGGCUGCUAUAGAAAGUAGGAGAAAACGAGAAUUAGAGAGGCAAAAUCGUAUAUUCAAUUCCAAAACCCGAACAAUUGGCGUAGAUAUUGAAGCUUUGAACACUCAAAUAACAUCAAGAAAUAUCCGGGAAGAUACGGAAAAGGCUAGAGAUGAUGCUUUCAUGAAUGAUAUGGUACGGAAUGAUAAGGUUGUAAUGAUGUUACAAAAAAGACAGGAAGGGGAUAUCAGACGACUGAAUCAAGCCUUGAAUGGAUUUCGCCUGCAAUACCAACGCCCUGAAACAAGAAAAGAGUUUGAUCUAUAUGACCCAGAUGGCAAAAAGAAGGACAAGCCUGCAAGAGUUUCUGAUGAUGAUCCACGAUGUGGUGUUUCAGGCAUGCAAAAGUUUGAGGGUGAAGACUUGAAUUCGAAAGCAAGAAAAAAGUUACAAAAUGAACAGUUACGAGAAUGGUCUGUUGCGCAAAAACAUGAGCGCGAAGAAGCACAAAAACAGCAAAAGUAUGCAGAUAAGCUUUAUGAUAUGAAACGAGUUGAACUCGAUCAAAGAGCAAUUGAACUUGAUGAUGCCGAAAAAGAAUGUCGUAGACAAAUUGAAAAAGCAAGAAAAGAGUUCAACCAAGCUCAAUCCAAUGAACGUAAAGAAAAGGAAAAUCUUAACAAAAGACAAGAACAAGAUGAUAACUUUACUGAAAUUUCCAAUCAUGUUUUUGGUGAUAUUUUGACUGAAAAUCCUGCUGUUGCAUCAAGUUCUUUUGGAUCACAUAGAGUAAUACCAGACCGGUGGAAGGGAAUGACUCCAAAACAGGUUGAAGAAAUACGUAGAAUACAAGAACAACAGAGACAAGAAAGACGAAGACUUCGAGAAGAAGAAUGGCAACGAGACAUGGAAUGGGAUAGGCAAAGAGUCGCAAUGGCGAGAGCUGCUACAAUUUUGGAACGACAAGAAAACAAUCUUCAGAAAGGAUUAAGACAAGAACAAGAUUUAGCAAAUAUCAGACUCGCAGCUGAACAAUCAGCUCACAAAAACUUCCUUGACACUGAAGUAUAUGUCAACCCACCAACUGCACAAUAUUUUGCCCAAUUCAACACUUCAAGUCGUUAAGGUUAUUUUAAAGUGGUUUUAUUUAUCUUAGUAUUUACUAUUUGCUCCAUUAAUGUAGCAAUUGCAAGCAUGUUGGAAUAUUUGUUACAACAUAUUAAUGUACUGUACACUACAUUCAUAUUCUUGUAGACAUAUGAUGACUGAGGUCUAUUGAAAAUACAACCAUUGACUCCAUUGUUCAGAUUUAUUUAUUCAAAUCACUAAUGCAUUUUAACGGGCAUGUUAAUGUUAAAUUUUUUUAUUGAGUAUGGUAUUAUUCAAAUUAUUUGGAAUUUAUUUUAUUCAGGUGAAUUAAAUUUAGUUGUUUGUGGGCGAUAAUUGUAGUUUGUUGUCUGUGUAUUGAAUUGUAUUUCCUUGUUUCAUGAGAAACUCAACUUUUGGGCAUUUUGUAAUAAAUUUGAAACAAAAUGUAGAU